AUGGAAAUUUUCUUCAUUAUUAAUAAAUAAAUAUUAGUAAACUAAUUUUAUAAUUAUUGUCUCUUUUACUAAUAAGAAUUAGGAAACCUUCAACAAAUUUUGAAUAUUCAGUUAAUCUCUAUUGCUAAAAAGUUCUUAAUUAAAAAUCAAAAAGGUAGUAGGAUUAUCAUAAAAAAAGUAACUGUCAUCGAAUUUGUUGUUCUGCACCACAAAAGUAAUUACGUCUAAAAAACAUAACAAGAAUAUUCAAAAUAUAUAGCAGGGAUGAAUACGGAAAAAUAUAAAUUUAUUUUGAAAACUACGUUUUUCAAACAUCAACAAUGUUUAUUAAAUGAAAAUUCUAGUAUUAGAAUAUAAAUGAUACAGGCAUUUAUAUUUAUGUAUGGAUGA